AUGUCAUUCAACACUGAUAGAGAGCUUGAUAUAAUCGUUUACGGUGCAACAUCUUACGUAGGAAAACUAGUUUGUGAACAUUUGAAAAAUAAUUAUUUAAACAAAUAUGAUGUAACAUCAAAAGAAUCAAUUAAGAUUGGAAUGGGUGGUAGAUCAAAAGAAAAAUUAGAAAAAGUUAAAGAUGAAUUAGGUUUACCUAUUGAUUUACCUAUCUUUGUGGUUGAUUCAUUUGAUGUGAACGGAUUAGAAAAUAUGUGUAAAGUCACUAAAGCUGUGAUCACCUUGGUUGGACCUUACGCAAAAUUUGGUGAUGGAUUAAUCAAAGCAUGCGCUGAAAAAGGAACUCAUUAUUUUGAUUUGACAGGAGAAACAUUAUGGGUAUCAAACCAAAUCACAAACUUGAACAUAAAAUCAAAACUAUCUAAAUCAAUCAUAGUUCCAAGUUGUGGAUUUGAUUCAGUUCCAAGCGAUUUGAAUACGAUGAUUGCUUCUCAAACUUUGAAAAAACUCGUGGGCAAGGAUGUUGGUGUGGGUAGAGUGACUUCAGGUGUUGAUGCUCGUGGUGGGGUUAGUGGUGGUACACUUCUUAGUCUUUUAGGGACCUUUGAUGAUGGGUUUAAGGCUUUUAGUAAAGCUAUGGAAUCUUAUGUUUUGAGUCCAAUUAAAGGUAUCCAAAAAGAUACAGGAGAUUGGAUUAUUAGGGAACCUUCUAUCGUUGGAGGACUAUUCGUAAUGGCACCACACAAUGGAGCCAUAGUACGUUAUAGCUGGGGAUUACUAGAAUCAAAUAAUCAAAUCAUCCCACAAGAAUUGAAAUAUGGACCUGAAUUCACUUACGAUGAAUUUAUGAUCACACCUACAACAAUCUUAGCAUUUAUAUUAACUUUGACUUUAAAAGUUUUAAUCAUUUUAUUAUUUAUUCCUCAAAUUAGACAAUUAAUUAAAAUUUUAGGACCUAAGAGUGGUGGAGGUCCUUCAGAAAAAGAACGUGAAUCUGGUUGGUUUAAAAUGAUUACUACCGCUCAUUCUGUGAAUGAUGAUGUACACGUUCGAGUCACUAUGAAAGGAAAUAAAGACCCAGGAUACGGUUUUACUUCCGUUUGUAUUGCAGAAUGUGCAAUAACUGUGAUCAAAUCUUUUGAUGAUUUACCACCAUUAGCUAAAUUCGGAGGUGUACUGACUCCAGUUACGGCUUUAGGUGAAGCUCUUAGACGUAGAUUAGAAUCAAAUCAAAUCAUAAAAAUUGAAACAGAAAUUAUAAAAGACAAAAGAAGUAGAAAGAAAUUAUUUUAUGUUGAUGAUCAAGUUAAUGAAAAGGUUUCAUUAUAUCCUGAUGAAAACUUCAAGGUUGUUACAAGUAAAUUAUCCAACAAAUUAGAAUCUGAUCAAAUGCUUUAA